UUAUGUUUUUAAAGAUGGCCCUAAAUAUGUGACGUUCAUUUGUGAACAAAUAUCUGUUGAAAUUGUAGAAAAGAAAGCCUUUCCACGUAUCGAAUAAACCAAAUAUACCAGAAGAAAGGCGAGUUGGAGCUAAAACAAAAAAUCAUGCUCGCUUAAGGUCGUGGCAAAAUGAAGAUUAUCGUUUAGUUCACCAUCUGUUUUAACAUAAAUUCAUUCAAAAAGCUCGCAGUAAUCGUUACAGGACGAUAUUGCACAAAUAUGGGGUCCUCCAGCGAGGAUAUCAUCAAAGCCAUCCUGCACUACCAGGAGAGAUUAGAGAGGUACAAUUUGAAGAAAAGCGAGGAUAAGAUGUUGUACGUGCUGCGAAAAUUAAGCAAACUUCCCAUUAAAACAUCACACUUGGAAACGACGGGCGUUGGAAGAACUGUGAACGCACUGAAGAAGCUCAACGGUAAGGUAGCCGAUUCGGCCAAAGACCUGGUCAUGACGUGGAAAGAAAUGGUCUUGGAAGAGGAAGAGAAAGCCGCCCAGGAAAAUGCGAUAGAAACCGAAGAAGACGCCGAUUCGGUGUACUCCAGUGAUAACGAGCAAUCCCUCCGGAUCGAAGAAGGCAAAGAAAACGUCAACAAUGAAUCGGACGAAGAAAGCGACCACAGCGACGAGAGCGAACGCAACACCAAACAACCGAGUCAAAGUCGACUAGAUAAAAGCAAACACAACGAUUCAACGGACGAAGAAUCGAGGAGGCGAUCGAAGAAGCGGCCUCGAUCGAGCGAUUCCAGCUCCGACGACGCCUCGAAACACAAACCGAAAAAGAGCAAACGCGACCACCACAAGGACAAGGUAGAGAGAAAACACGACAGGCAUUCCUCGUCCGGCAAAACCAAACACAAAUCGCCCGAUAAAGAUAAGACUGAUAGGGAUAGAAGCGGGAAAUCUAGUCACUCGUCCAAGCACAAAUCCUCGGAAUCUCAGGCCGAUCGCAAGGAGAGAAAAGACAAGAGCGACGCCGACGGGCAUUCGAAGCACCGAGACAAAUCGAAGAAACCGAAAGAGGAUAGAAAGCAAUCGACGUCGAAGAACGAAACGGAAGCGAAGAAGGAGAAGAGCAAAGUAAAGAUUAUCAAUGGUAUCGAUUCCGAGUCGGGUGCCAGUUUCGCCGAAGCGCUCGGCAUGUGCGGCCCCACGUCUAGUCAUAGCAAUAAGAAGAAACCGAGCUCUGAUAGGAAACCACACAAAUCCGAACCGAGCAAGAGCUCCAACUCCAAACACGACGACAGUAAAAGCAAAGCUCCACCGAAACCCAUCCCGGAUUUGCUUAACGAUGUGCCCAACGAACCAUUAAACAUCUGCCUGUCUAGCCUUCUGCCGGAGAUCACUCCCCAUUACAAACCCACGCCUUUGAAUUUGGAUUUGCAAGCCAAGCGGGUGCUCAACGAAGACGAGGCCUUGAGCAGGGUCAUGUCCAACAAAAAUCAAAGAACGAAAGUAUAUUCAGGCAACAAGACGGUAGGAAAAGUGGAAAGCUUGUUCCAAAUAUGCGUGCGGAUAUUACAAGACAACAUAGAAGCUUUGGAGUACACCGGAGGAGUGCCCUAUCACAUUCUCAAGCCGAUCUUGGACAGGGCCACGCCCGAUCAGCUGUUCAACCUGGAGCACCACAAUCCGUACCUGAUCGAGGAGACGGACGAGCUGUGGCAGCUGCUCUGCCAGAAGGACUUCAGGAACAAGAAGCGCGAAGAGCUGGAAUCGUGGCGGGAGAUGUACAUGCGGUGUCUGGACGAGCGCGAGGCCAAAUUGAACCUGAUCACGGCCAGCAUCAAGCAGUCGCAGGACAAAUCGGAGCCGGUGCGCACCACCAAAUUGGCCUACGUCGAUUCGAGCUUCGUCAAACCGCCCAGGAAUAUAGCCAGGAAACAGGCUAAGAACGGUACAUUGCACACGGAUAGAAAAAUGACUCCGACUCAGAAGCUAUCGGCUCUAUCUAGAUCGGAUACUGAGAAAAUCGCACUGCCAAAUCCGGGUAAUCGAGCGGUGGAACGUUCGAGUAAUAGUUCGGCGGCUACUAAGCCGAAGAAGGCGCCCCUGAUGGCGAAGACCCUGUCGUUCUUCAAGAACAGGUUCAAAAGAUGAGGGCUGUAGGAGAUUAAGGUAAUUGAUAGGAGUAGCGGUAAUUGGAUAUGUUUAUAGAGUGAAAAAAAAAUAGUUGUAGAAAUAAAGCGAGAGAUUUAUUAGGCGCGUAUUAUAAUGGCGGGUCGUGGAGGACCGCGGGUUUGUGCGAGGAUUUGUUGGAUAUUUUUUUACUAAAAGUGUAGUGAACAAAUAAGACUAAAACCCGAUGGAAAUGAUAUAUUUAUUUUUUAAAUUGUGAUUGAUUGAUUCCUAUCUUUUAUUUAAUUGAACAUAAUUUCUACCUAAUUUACUCAUUUAUGGAAAUAAACGAUUUAACAUUACAUUAGGACUGUUACUGUUUCUAAAUUAUUUCGCAGGUGAUUUAGUGGAAGUUUUGGGUAAAUAAAACGAAUGUAUCAACAUAAUUAAAAGUAAUUUUA